AUGACAGACGUCGAUGUCUUCCGCGAUGCAGAGUACAUCGCUGACGUGUUAAGAAUAUCCCUCGAAGAUGACAGCGAGGGCGAUUCACCAGCCGGAACUGGUCCGCUCAGCGCCCAGGACCGCAGUCGCGUAAGGAAAGGCCAGUCAACAGCGAAAAACGCGUUCAUUGACCGACUACUUCGGGAUUUGGAUAUUCUCAUCUAUUGUCAAUUAUCAGCGCUGUAUUAUAUGGACUGCUCUGUCGUUUUGUUCGCUAUUCGUGCCGCCGUUCAACUCAUCUUCUUCACGCCUAAAGCAUCGCCGUUUGAACCAACCCGAAACCAACCCUUCGUGACAGCUAUUCUAGGCAGCAACCUGUUCUGCAUACUCUUUCAUGCUUUCAUCAUACGUCCCGAGGCCGGCGAAGCUACGCGCGGCUAUCUGCAUGGCGGCUUGUUCAUCGAUUUCAUCGGACAAAAGCCCGUUCCGACAUUCCAACUCAUAUCCUUCGAUGUCUUAAUCCUCCUUGUCGAUUUUCUCAUGCUAGGUCUAAUUAUCGAACGAGUUAAAACGGCCGCUCUAAACCCACCUUCUACAAGUACCACUACGAAUAACGCUGCUUCAGCGAAUGCAAAUACGGGAACGGAUGCGGAGACGGACGGCAACGGCCAGACCGAGCGGCAAGAUCACGAUGCAGAGGAACGAGGAGUCAUGCGGGGAGCCGAGGAAACGGAUACGACUGACUCCAAUAAUUCUGAGACUGGGGUUUCCACAACUCCACCCGUCGUCGAUAUUGAUGAUGACUUCAAUGAUGAACGUACGACCCUCCUUGCGGACCCCGAUGACAAUGCCGCAAGUCGGGAUGGCCACCCACUCGACUCCUUCUCCUCGGGCGUGGCCGUUAUUAUGGAAAUGGGACUCUUUACGACAAUACGAGAUCAAUGGAUGUACUCCACUACACCGCGACGGCCAGCAGGCUAUGUGCCAUCGACCGAGACGGCUACAUUUCUGCGACAGCGCUUCGGAUUACAGGUUGGAAGUGAUGGUCGGAUCGUUCGAGUGAACGCAUAG